AUGUUCGAACAUAGUGGAACUCGAUAUACCAAAUGCUCCAACGUGAAGAAUAAGACAUUAGGAAAGAUCUAUUCUACUACGACUAUACUUGCGCCAGAUUUUGGACUCAAAGAACAAGAAAAGGAAUAUCUUGGUGAAACCAUAGAUCAAAGUCAGAAUUACAAGAGGAUAUAUCGGGAGAGUCUAGAGAGGCAGCUAGUACAGUAUCAAUCUCAGAAUCCAGCCAACCUACUAAGCCAAACGGAGGCUAUAUCAAGAAAGAGAAAGCGAACUAAAAAAAAGGAUCCCUUUACACUAACUCGGGACACCUCUUCACCAUCAGAAGAUGAACUUACAAGACACUUCGCUUCUAGAAGGAUAACGCUAGACAAUUUCCAACACUUGCUCAAAUCGCCUAGGACUAUUUUGCUGUUCCUGCUAGCGGAGCAGGUAUAG